CGAAAGGUUACGCCUUAACUAUAACGUUAGGGAGAGAGUCAGCGAUUAUCCCAGACUUCCGUUGACUAAGGGAAAAAAAAAAAGACAAAAAAAAUAAAAGUUUGAAAACGGUCUUUCACCGUCACCUAACAACUUAUCAAGUCACAGGUGAUCUCUCUCAAUCUUUCUCCAGAAAUGUCGAACGCGGGAUUGACGAUUUUCGACGGUGAGCUGCUUAGAUCCAUCGAUCUCAACCUACCGGAGCUUCAAAAUGGCGUCACCGGAGCUCAGCUUCUCGAGAUUUCCGAAUCCAAGGUUUCUGAAUCUCUCUCGGGCCUCUCACUGCCGCCACACCUCAAAGAAGCGGCGAUCUCCCUAGUCUCCGCAGGAGAUGACGUCAAUUUCCGGCGUACGGAUUUCAACCGCCAACAAGCUUCUGAGAAACUCGGUGUGUUCGUCUCCGCCGUCGCCGAUGCUCUUAGAGAUACUCCGAUUGUGGUGUCAGUUCUGGAUGGGAGUACGUUGAAGCUAUUCUUGGAGGACGAAGAUGAUUUUGCAAUGUUGGCAGAGAAUCUGUUCACCGAUUUGGAUGAAGAAGAUAAAGGAAAGCUUUGCAAGAGCGAGAUACGAAAAGCUCUUUCACACAUGGGUGUUGAGAUGGGUGUCCCUCCUCUCUCAGAGUUUCUCGUCUUAGAUGACAUCAUUAAGAAGCACGAUGCUGAUGGUGAUGAAGAACUUGGACAAGCACAGUUUGCUGAGCUACUGCAGCCAGUUCUACAAGAAAUAGCAGAUGUUCUUCAUGAGAAACCUAUAACCAUCGUCCAGAACGUUGAGAUUUUCACCGGAUCAAGGCUGCGUAAGAUUCUGGCAGAUGAGAAGACGCUCAAGUGUCUCGUAGAGAAAAUGAGCAUGGAAGAGUCUAAAGAGAAAGAGAAGCAAGGGCGUGCGGAUCUGAUAAAGGCUUUGAUAAUAAAGAAUGGAAAAGAGUUGGGAUUGCCUCCGUUAUCUCCAGAGAACGAAGCAGUGGCUCUUAUCUAUGACAACAUAUUUUCUCAGCUGAAUAGCAGAGAGAAAGAAACCGCUGAUGCCUCCACAGAAGAAGGGUUUAUGGAUGCUCUAAAGGAUGUACUCAGGAAAUUUGAGGAGUUGCUCGAAACCAUGCCGGUAUAUUCUGCUACCAAUCUCUAGAGUUUGCCAUUAUACUAGGUAAAUCGAUCAUAAACUAAAAGAGAGAACGAGAGGAAUGAAUUAUUCACAUAAUCUUCUUGGUAUAUUAUUUGUAUAUCUGAGAAUCUCAGUGACACACCCUAAUUGUCUCUGCCAUUUGGUCUGAAUGAUACUACUAUCGUUGAAUAUGGAUGAUGAAUUGUUUUGUUUUUUAGAGAAAAAAAAAACAGUUAAGUAUUGGUAAGAUUUGAAAUCU